AUGUCAUCAUCCAGGUCCAGGCUGCCUCUGCUCCUGCACGGGAUCCUGCUGUGCAGCUCCUUCGCUCCUCUCCCGGUCAUCAGCAGCAGGAGACAGAGCCUCCGGAGCGCCGGGCCGCUGGUGCGCUCCUGGGAGAAGAGGGAGGAUAUGGCUGGAGAUGGAGAGUACCUUCUGGGGAUAAAGAGACUGAGGAGGCUGUACUGUAACGUGGGCAUCGGGUUCCACAUCCAGGUCUUACCAAACGGCAAGGUCACAGGAGUGCAUAAUGAAAAUAGAUACAGCCUUCUGGAAUUGUCCCCGGUGGAGAGAGGAGUGCUGACUCUUUUUGGAGUGAGGAGCGGCCUCUUCAUCGCUAUGAGCGACAAAGGGAAGCUCUACGGCUCG